CACUGCACAGCUAGCUAGCUUCACUUCUUAGCUGCAGCCUAGCUAGGUACUUGCAACCAACUGAUCAAGGUAAGUGACAUGGCCAAGCUCCUCGCCACCUUCGUCGUCGUCUUCCUGGCGCUCGCCGCCACCUCGCUCGCCGGCGACCCGGACAUGCUCCAGGACAUCUGCGUCGCCGACUACAAGUCCCUUCAGGGCCCACUGCGGCUGAAUGGGUUCCCGUGCAAGAGGCCGGAGAACGUGACGGCGAACGACUUCUUCUUCGACGGGCUGAUGAACCCGGGGAACACGGGGAACGCCGUGGGGUCGGUGGUGACGCCGGCGAACGUGGAGAAUCUGCCGGGGCUGAACACGAUGGGGGUGUCCGUGGCGAGGAUCGACUACGCGCCGUGGGGGGUGAACCCGCCGCACACCCACCCGCGCGCCACCGAGAUCAUCUUCGUCCUCGAGGGCUCCCUCGACGUCGGCUUCAUCACCACCAGCAACAAGCUCUUCGCCCGCACCGUCUGCAGGGGCGAGGUCUUCGUCUUCCCCCGCGGCCUCGUCCACUUCCAGAAGAACAACGGCAACUCGCCGGCCGCCGUCAUCUCCGCCUUCAACAGCCAGCUCCCCGGCACGCAGUCCAUCGCCGAGACGCUCUUCGGCGCCGCGCCGCCGGUGCCGUCCGACACGCUAGCCAGGGCGUUCCAGAUCGACGCCGGCAUGGUUGAGUUCAUCAAGUCCAAGUUCCCCCCCAAGUACUAGGCUGCCGGCGCCGGCGAACUAGCUCGCGCUACCAUCGUCUUCGUCCUAGGCGCCAUGCACGUACACUGCAGGGAUCGAUGGCAGCUGAGAUAGCUCUACCACGUUAAUAAUUACGUUUUGUCUAAAAAAAACGUUAAUAAUUACUAGUACCGUAAGUCAUGAUUUGCUUAGAGUAUUUGUGUGUUGAUCGAUUUGGUUUGAUCUAUUUCUAAUAUUUCCAUGCA